AUGGAGGAACGAACGCCUCCUUCCAUCUCAAUACUAGGCCAGGUCGCACAAUGCAAUGCCCACGAAGGGGAUUGUGCAGCAGCAGCACUCGGUCUCGGUGCUUUUCGCGAACUCCUCAGCAAACACACCAAUCACCGUGGCCGAUGCAUGUUGAUGCUGGGCGAGGCCGAAAUAGUUUUUCAAUCCAUCCAGCCGCUGUGUCAUAUUGCGGCGCUCCGAUCCCCCGAACCGCGCUGCACAGGGUCACACCCAGAUGAUCAUGAAAUCAUGGCCAAGCGCCCGGCUCUCUUGGGCCUGACCUUAGAACUCCUUCCCUACGAAGGUACUAAUGAUUUUAGCUUCAACUGUAUCUGCGCCCUUUCCAGGCUACCGAUGGCGGGCCCGAACUACUCCUGCGUCUGGAUCGUCUCCAGGAUGGCGUUGCCGCCCCUCUUCUCUUUCAAGGAGAUGCGACAGCUCAACUCUAAAAUCCUGCAGCUCUCUCACACUUAA